CCGAUAAGAUAAGAUACUAAAGAACCACAGAUUUCUGUGAUAGAACUAAAUAGUAAAUUGUAGAUAGGCCAUAGCCCAUAGGCAGUUUAACGAGUUAACAGUGAAUAGUGAACUCUGACGACACAAUCGACGCAUGACCAUAUAUGGGAAGCUCGAAUGCUCAAAGCUGUCAACGGAGACUCCAACAAGUUAAACUUCGUUGUUGUUGUUUGUUAUUUUAGUUUUGAGUUGUGAACGAUAUUAUUUGAACGGCUGAGAUGGCGUUGACAGGCUGCUAUGCGUUUAUGAAACACGUAGUUACCCUCCUAAAUAUCUUGUAUUUGUCUUGUGGCCUAUUGUUAAUGCUACUUGCAGUAUGGAUGUGGGUAGAUCCAACAUUUUCUUUAAGUAUGGUACAAGAUGAGGCCAGUUACUAUACAGGUGUAUAUCUUAUUCUAUUCGUUGGAACAUUACUUCUAAUCGUUGGAUUUCUUGGUUGUGCAGCUGCAAUAAGUGAAUCUCAAUGUUCACUCGUUCUUUAUUUCUGUCUAUUACUAGCUGUUCUUGUAGCUCAAAUAUCAGCUGCUGUUUGGAUGUAUGCAAAUAAUGAUAAAUUAGUAGAAUUAGUUCGAUAUACUGUUAAAACAACUGUUCAAUCAGAGUAUGGCUCAAUUGAAGGCCGCACAGAAACAUUUGAUGCUAUCCAAAGUGGUUUUGAAUGUUGUGGUGCAUCAGGUCCAUCUGAUUGGGCUGGGAGCAAAUAUAAUAAUCCACAGACUGAAAGUCUAGGGCUUGCAAUAAGUUCUCCAGAACAAUCAUUUAAAAUUCCUGCUUCUUGUUGUAAAGGUGACCCUAAACAAUGUUCAGAAGCUUUAACAGCUGUAGCUUCAGGACCAAUAUCUGAAUUAAUAUAUUCUGAGGGAUGCACUGAGAAAUUAUUGUAUACUUCACGGAAGAGUAUGAUUAUAUUCCUUGUAUUAUUGGUGGCGAUUGGUUCAGUUGAAUUUUUUGGUUUAGUUUUGGCAUUAAUAUUAUGUUGUGCUAUAAGAGCAGUCAAUACGUAUAAAAAUUAAAUUCUGAUGUCAAUUAAUCAAACCUAACUUAUACAAAACAGUUUCAAAUGUUUUCUAAAAAUAUAAUUAAAAUUAUUUUGAAUUUGAUUAAUUUGCCUAUUGUUAUUGCUUUAUUAUUCAGUGACUAAUAUUUAAAUUUGAAUAAGUAAAUUAUUUUAUUUUAUCUUAUUCAGACAUACAUCACUGUAUGUAUGCGCUCCAUCUUUAAGUGUUC